CACGAAACAUUACGGAAUGCGUAUGAAAACACUUGGGAGCGUGUCAUUUGCUGUACACCUGCACCGAGACACAUGUCGAAGCUGGCGGAGCUCUUAUUGGAUCGCAGGAGGGCUCAGUGCCGCGAAACAUCUGCGAGUGAACGCUCUGCGCCUGCCUCCCGCACUUCAUUAGCGGAUGCUUGCCGAUAGCAUGUUCUUGGUUCCGGAAAGCCGAUCGUGAUGAAUGCUUGCAAACAUGCCAGCGCAGAGUAGCCAGCCAAGCCGCGACACCGGAUGAUAAGGAAAGACAAAUAAAAAGGAAAACAAAAAAACACAGAUAAAACAUAAUAAUAGGAAAGAAUAGAGAAUAAAUAGUACUGUUUUAUACCACACCCAUUCUCUCACGUGACCUAAAAUUUCCCCCCUAGAGCUACCUAAGUGAUAUUCGGUGACCUGGGGGUAGAAAAGACGUAAUAUUUAGACCUGUGAUCAGGCAGAGGUCAUAGCAUGACCUUUGACCUUGUGUAGAAUCAAAGUGCAGUUAAAGACCACUGAUAAAGAAUCUUUACUUGACCUUCUGAUCAGCUGGUCCUCCAUUCUGCAUCUACUCCGCUGAGGGCCUCCGUAGAGCCUGAGAGAGAGCCGGGUGCCGCUGUGUUGGUUGGGGGAGAACUGCCACCCCAUCUCUUCCACCCCCUUCCCUCCCUCCCCUCCCCCCAUUUCGGACCAGGUAGAAUCCCCGCGUCAGGAUGGUGUUGGUAGAGCUGCUGGCGGGCCUUCGCGGGCUCGUGAAGGUGAAGCACGACGCCGACAUCCACAGCGCCAUUUUCAAGCUGCAUUUUCGACUGACGGCGACCAUGCUCUUCUGCUUCUGCCUCCUGGUCACCGCCAACAGCCUCGUCGGGGACCCCAUCAACUGUGUGCACGAUGACAACCCCAAACUGAAAGACAAAGUUGUAAACACGUAUUGCUGGAUCCACACCACGUUCACGCUGCCGAAGCACAUCGACAAAGGCUACGGGCGAGGAACGGGUGUGGCAUACCCCGGCGUCGGCCCUCUCUAUCCCACUGAUACCAAGACGUACCACGCCUACUACCAGUGGGUGCCGUUCGUACUCUUCUUGCAGGGCCUGAUGUUCUACGCCCCCCACUGGCUCUGGAAGACGUGGGAGGGCGGGAAGCUGGAGUCCAUCGUCAUGGGCCUCUCCAUUCCCGUCAUGAACAAGGAGGAGCGCCAUGAGAAGAUCCACCUGCUGGCUGACUACCUCCACGCCUCGCUCCACCAUCACAACUUCUACGCCAUCAAGUUCUUCCUCUGCGAGCUGCUUAAUUUAGCGAACUGUUUGUUCAACAUGUGGUUCAUGAAUGAGUUCCUGGGCGGGAUGUUCUUCACGUACGGCAUCGACGUGCUGGCCUUCACGGAGACCAACCAGGAGGAGCGGACGGACCCGAUGAUCGUGGUGUUCCCGCGGGUCACCAAGUGCUCCUUCAACAUGUACGGGCCGUCGGGCACCAUCGAGACCCACGACCUCAUGUGCGUCCUCGCGCUCAACAUCAUCAACGAGAAGAUCUACGUCUUCAUGUGGUUCUGGUUCGUCAUCCUGGCCAUCAUCAGCACAAUGGCGCUCAUCUACCGCCUCCUCGUGUUCUGCGUCCCCGCCAUCAGGUCGGGGCUUCUGCAGAAGCGCGCGAGGCUGCGCUACAAGAACAGCAUCGACACCGUCUCGCGAAGGCUGCAGGUCGGUGACUUCUUCCUGCUGUACCUCCUGAGCAAGAACGUGGAGCUGCUCUCCUUCAGCUCUCUCAUGGAGGAACUGUCCCUCCGGCUGAGCAACCGACGCGUCCACCCCGACCUGGACGUGUCACCGGCCCCCGUCCCGCCCGAGCGUUUCCACCUCAUAAACGAGAACGCAUGACAAUCGGCCGCCCUCGAGGACUCCGCGAAGGCCGAAGACAAGGUGGACCCCGAGGGCUGCUGUGGCAAGCUGUGCAGAUGCGUUCCCUGCAAGUGAGCGUCUCUGCCUCGAGACGUCGGUUGCGUGACCAUGGCGGGAGGUAUGGGCACCAGCCGUGAGUGUGAUUCACAGUGACAGGAAGGAGACAAUUUAUGGAAUGAUAAAUAUUCCAGUGUAUUUAUAAGAUCGUGUGAUGGACAGUAUUAUAUUUAAUUAUAGUAAAAUGCGGAUUGAUGGCAAUGUUCCUAUUUUGAGCGUAAAAUAGCAGCAUAAUUACACCAUAUUCCUAGGAUAUAGUAAGUUAUUCCGCAUGAUAUUAAGAUUACGUUUUGCAGUACCCUUGCUGGGACCAUUACACACAGUACUUACACGGGAAAGGGUGGUCGGGGUUACUCGCGCGCAGGCGUUCAAACCUUGCUGAGGAUAUAUUUAUUUUUCUAAGCGUAUCAUGAUGCCAAUGUGUUUGUUACUUUUGCGAACACGAUAGAACAAGUAGGUUGACCUCGCCCCUAACACCCCCACCUACAACACUUUCCCCUCCCCCAAGUCUUUACAGUUACUUUGCCUAAUCAACAGCCACAUGUCUCUGCCAGGGAAUGUUCCUAUGUUCAUAUCACUCGUUAAUUAGUGCUGGUAUCCAGAACUGAUUGAUAGAUCGCUGUAUAUUUUCUUUUUUGGGGGGGGGUUGGAUAACCGAAAGAAGAGACGUUCUCAGUGAAUGUCGAGAUGAUGAGAUGACCAGUUGGUUCAUCUCCUUGAAGGAAAGCUCCAGCUGACUGAACCUCGAGUAGAAACUGCCAGAAGGACAUGAAAAGUUCAUCUCCUCAUGACAAGAAUCAAAAAAUAGAAUACAUUCUUGGAGACUUCAACAUGGCAGGCAGAAUUAACAGGAGAUGUGACUACACAAAGUUUUCGCCGCGAAUCACAAUCGUUGUCUCAGUCUAUUUAAAAUGUAGAAUGUAAGGUUUGGAUUGGUGUGAAUAAUUUGUUUAGAUUUGGUGUAUGAUGGUGGAUGGAUGUUGAAGUGUAAUCAAGGAAUUCCAGUUAAUAAUGAUAGUUAAAAUGCGGGUUCUAAUGCUCUUCUAGAACUGUACCAUAGUGUUCAGUUGUUUUUAUUUUUAGUCUUGAUUGGCAUUCAUUAGUGCAAUGCUCUUCAAGUUGCCGAUCAUAGCCUGAGUAAGUGGUUUCUCUUUGGGAUUCGCGUCGGAGGACAAUACGCAAUUUGCUUCGUGAAUUUCAAGGUGCCAGAGAAAUGGAAAGGAGGAAAGGGUGUGCGCUGUGUUACUGUUAAGAGAGAUAACGCAAUUUAUCUUCUUUUCACACACACACACUAUAGGAAACGUUUUUUUUAUGAUUUAAUUCGUGACAGGAAACAAACUCCACUCUUCUAUGUCCUAGAAAAGUAAGGGUAUAUAUUUUCCCCCAAAAAGCAACGACCACGAAGAACGUUUCCCGCCAAAUGAAGAAAGAGCCAAAAUUCCCGCCAUUAUAUAUUUUUUUCCUUCUGUUAAGUAGAUUUGUGAAGUGAUUUUUAAACUUUCUAUUUUCCUCCUAUUUUAGUUGUCACACAAGGUCUAUCCAGGAUGUAAAUAUAAUAUACUCAACGAGUAAGUUGUUAGACCUAAUAAAAAGAUUAUCUGAC